AUGCAUGAAAGUCUUCCUCAUCCAUUACUGGCGCAAGUUCCUUUAACGGUUUCUCCUUUCGUAUCUUUACCGUCGGCGACCACUCUGCCUUAUACAUAUAAGAGCUUACCUUCUACUCUGCCGCCAUCAUCUACUGGCGUGCCGGCUUCUUCGUCUGGGGAAGAGAAAUCGCAAUACGUUGUCUCGCAGUCAGGACACGCUGCACAUCCCAAUGAUAUAAUAGCGUCCUGCAAUGCUCUGAAAGCAUAUAUAAAAAAGGUGCAAGAUGAUGCGGACCGGGAGAUCGAGGCAUGGGACGAAGCGAUAGCUGCCAGGGAGCUUGCUGAGAAGCGGAGGGUUGCGCCUGGAUGGCUCGAUAGUGAAGCGCGAAUAUUAGAGCCAGAGAAAAGGACGGCUUCAGGUACACCAGGUACAAGCUCGGGACAAGCAAACUUGAUGGAUGUAGACGUUUCGAGUCCAGAACAGUCAGGUUUAAGGAGUACCCCGAUUCCUGUCCCUACAGGAGCAGGUCAAGGGGAUGAAUUAGACAGAGCAUUUGGCGGGAUGGCGCUGGAUAAUAAGCAGUAG